CAAAUACUUGCUAUGCAUUAUUGUUUCUCCUUUAUUUACACCUUCAUUGCAAUCCAUCAUCCACCACAGAAAAUAACCAAUUAGCAAUUUCACUUCUGAAACACCAAAAAACGAAAGAAAGAAAGAAAGAAAAAAAGAAAGAAAUGGAAAUCACAACCUCCCACCACAAUGUCGAACCCCUAACUUAUGACAGAAAGAGUGAACUAAAAGCUUUUGAAAGCACGAAAUUGGGUGUCAAGGGACUCAUAGAUGCCGGUUUGAUGAAGGUUCCAAGAAUCUUUGUUCAUGAACAAACCAGGCUCCAAAAACAUAAGUAUGGUGGUAAAGACAAAUCCAAGUUCAGUAUCCCAGUCAUAGAUUUACAAGGCAUUGAUAAAGAUGCAACUGCUCGUCGUAAAGUAAUUGAUGAAGUUGGAUUUGCAUGCGAGAAAUGGGGGUUCUUCCAAGUGGUCAAUCAUGGGAUUCCCGUGAAUGUUUUGGAUCGAAUGCUUGAAGGAGUACGUGCAUUUCAUGAAGGAGACCCUGAGUUGAAAAAACGUUUCUAUACUCGUGAUAACAACAGCAUGGUGCUUUUUAAUACCAAUUUUGAUCUAUACCAAGUUUCAGCAUCUACUUGGAGGGACACCUUGACUUCUAUUGUGGCACCUCGUCGUCCAAAUCCUGAAGAAUUGCCUCCUGUGUAUGGGGAGAUAAUACUGGAAUAUGCGGACAAAGUAAUGGAAUUAGGGCUUGUUUUAUAUGAGUUAAUGUCGGAAGCUCUUGGACUAAACCCUAACUAUUUGAAAGACAUAGGUUGUGGAGAGGGACUAUUUAUUGACGGUAAUUACUAUCCCGAAUGCCCUGAACCAGAGCAUACGGUGGGCAUAAACGACCAUUCUGAUAGUGGUUUCCUUACUGUGCUCCUACAAGACCAACUCGGUGGACUCCAAGUCCUCCAUGAUGAUCUUUGGGUGGAUGUUGAACCCAUUCAUGGAGCUUUAGUCAUAAAUGUUGGAGAUUUGAUGCAGUUAAUCACCAACGACAGGUUCUUGAGCGUGAUCCAUAGAGCAUUGGCCAAUAACUCAAGCAAAAGACUAUCAAUUGCUGCCUUCUUCCGAACACAUAAACCACCAGAGAACUCUUCCAGAUUGUAUGGACCUAUUAAAGAAUUGUUAUCAGAAAACAAUCCUCCAAUUUAUCGAGAAAUCACUGUCAAAGAUUUCGUCGCACACUACGAUGAAAAAGGUCAUGAUGGGGUUUCUGCUUUGGAAUUUUUUAAGCUUUGAAGUUCUCGAAUUUGGGUUUGGCAUGCUAUUGGCUGAGAUGUCUAUGUUGUGUGGAUGUAUGUCUAUCACUACAUUAUUAUAAAUAAAUAAAUAAAUAAAAAGGAAGCCUAUUGCUUCAUAUUGGAAUUAAUAUUGGUCGUAAAAGUGGGCCUCGUAGGGUAUUAAUUGUGUGGGGUGUUACGUUUGUUCAAUGUGUGGACCUUUUUCUCUUUUUUGGUAAUAAUGUACUAUGUGUGGACCUAUGUAUAAAGUGGAGGGACUAUUAUUAUUAUUUCUUAUUAUGACUCCUAUGUAAUUAUUGCAUGCUUUUUAACAAUUUAAUAAAUAUGGUACAUAUCUCCUUUUGGUGAAA